UAUAGUCGUUGGGGAAUAUAGCCGUUGGGGAAUAUAGCCGUUGUGGAAUAUAGCCGUUGGAGAAUAUAGCCGUUGUUGUUUCUCUUAUUUAUACAUGUCAUAUUUCAUUCAUCUCAACAUUCAAGAGUUGUUUUGUCCUCUCAUAUUUUCUUCCUCCUAUCCAAUUACACUGAUAGUUUCUCAUUGUGUCAUAGAAUGGAUCCAAACAAUAUGGCCGACUUGGACAUUUACGACGUUGUCAUUGACGAACUUAUCAAUGACACGACUAUAGAAGAUAUGAUGCAGGAGGAGAUGGAGUUUUAUCAACGACGUGCCAACACCGUUAGGCCCAAGCGAACAAGAAAGGUGAUAGAGAGAGAUCGUGAAGCUGGGAACGAGCGGUUGUGGAAUGACUACUUCUCCGAAAAUCCUGUGUACACGGAAGAGCUUUUCCGACGAAGGUUUCGAAUGCGAAAGCAUGUGUUCCUCAGAAUUGUAGGGGCCCUUGGGUCUCAUGACCCGUACUUUUUAAUGUCUGUCGAUGCAGUUGGAAGACAAGGCCUGUCACCAUUACAAAAGUGCACCGCCGCUAUUCGUAUGUUGGCGUACGGAUCACCUGCUGACAGUGUUGACGAGUACGUUCGAAUUGGUGAAAGUACUGCAAUUGAGUGCUUAAAGAAUUUUGUGGAAGGUGUGUGUGCAGUAUUUGGUGGAACAUACUUGAGGCGCCCGAACCAGGAAGACAUUACCCGCUUACUUCAAUGGGGCGAGUCUCGUGGAUUUCCAGGUAUGUUGGGUUCUAUUGAUUGUAUGCAUUGGGAAUGGAAGAAUUGUCCAGUUGCGUGGAAAGGUCAAUUCACCCGAGGUGAUCAUGGAAAGCCCACAAUCAUGCUUGAAGCAGUGGCAUCACAAGACUUGUGGAUUUGGCAUGCAUUUUUUUGGCAUUGCAGGUUCUAACAAUGAC